UUGCGAGAAAGGGAAGUGACGCGGAUGCGUCCAGAGUGUGAAUUGCGAGUGUGGAUCAAUGCUUUUUCCGCUCUAGUGUUGAGCUGUGUGUUUGUGUGCAAACACACCGAGAAUCAGUGGGAUAGAUUUGCAGCCUAUUCAAGUUGCAACAGAGAGUCUAGAAGUAGGUGGAUUUGGGUUACUAUGGUGCAACGAGGAGGAGGGAUUCUAGUGCAGCACCAGUGUCAGUGAGACAGUCAGUGCAGUCAGUGAGUGUGUGACUGGCUUUACUGCAUCGAAGUAUGAAGAGGGUGGGGGGAGCCGCUGCUGGAAUAUAUUACACUGUGGCGGCUUUCUGUAAGCCUUCGAGUCAACUUUACAUCGCAAGCUGGGGACUCGUCUCCUUUCGCAGAUAGAUAGGUAGACAGACAGAUCCCAUUUGCUAAUCUUGCGAAUACUGCUCGCGAUCGGAUGAUCGAUCGAUCGAUCGAUCGAUCAGCAGGGAUUCUGGUAUCGUUGCAGUGGGGCCCUGGGUUGGCGAUCGUGCUUUGUUCCAGUCCACUUGUGUGGCGGCGCUAUGUAGUAGCAGCGGUAGCAACCAACUACGCUCUUGGUGGCUGCUUGCUCAAAUGAUGUCCAGUUGUAAGGUUACAUUGGCUCGCAGGCUCUCGAUUCAUUCCCAGCUAGCUGCUCCCUGGCAACGUAGUCGCAUCCUCUAGUUGGGCUUGAAGUUGGUGCUUGAGUUUAAAGUUUUGGUGGUUGGAGACCAAGGUGGACUGGAAGGGGCUAGUUAUUGUGAGGUUUAGUACUUUAGAGCAUCCAUGUGCUGCUGCUGCUGCCUCCGGCGUAGUGUUUGAUAGUGUGGGUGUUCAGUCUUUGGUUUGCAGCUCGGAAGUUGAACGUAGGGGUGGAGUUGCGGCCUCCGUUGAGCUUCAGAGUGGGCUUUUGUCACCGCCACGGGUCUGUUCACUAUGAUUGUUGUUGCCCGUCGUCUGCCUAGCAUCCGAGGGUGCCUCCGUGUGCUCCCGCCUCCGAUCCCUUGUUUAAAUUGUCAGUUGCCGUUUAAUACAAGUAGUGUGUGAGCCGAAUGAGCCGAGUGAGCGAGUGACUGUGAGAGUGAGUGUGUGAGUUCAUUCACCCGGUGACCGCUUGCAGUUGUGGGUUAGAUCGGCGUUAGCGUCGUCGUAAGCUGUGUUUGAAUUCUAAUCACUGAAGCAUUCACCUUGAAGUGGACUGGUUAGAGCGUCAAGUGUCCAGCGAGAGCUUGUUAUCCACCAGGGAGUGCACCAUGUGUAUCGCCAAUACCACGUUGCAGGUUCACCCUGCGUUGAAUUCGGACGAUGAGUCGGAUAUCGACAUGCGGGAAUGUCCGCUCCAGUCUUGGCCUUCUCCACAAGAGGUUGUGCUAGAGUUCAAGGAAUCGAUGCGAAUUGCCGGUCCACUCGCAGUGGCUAAUGGAAUUGCGUACGCGAGGCUCAUGGUGUCCGUUCUCUGUCUGGGCCGACUAGGCGGGCUGGAGCUAGCGGGGGGUGCGCUCUCAAUCGGUUUCACUAACAUCACGGGUUACUCUGUUCUCUAUGGGCUUGCGUCCGGAAUGGACCCGAUUUGCAGCCAAGCGGUGGGCUCAAAGAACUGGCAUCUUGUAGGGCUGACCCUCCAGCGCACGGUGGCCAUUCUGCUCACCGCCUGCCUUCCCAUCGGUAUGCUGUGGGUUAAUUUGGAACCCAUCAUGCUCUUUCUGGGCCAAGACGCGGGCAUCACCUCGGUAGCAAGCGUCUACUGCUGGUACUCGCUUCCUGACCUCGUGGCGAAUUGCUUUCUGCAGCCGCUGCGGAAUUACUUCCGGUGCCACGGAUUUCAGACUCCUAUGAUGUACUGUUCCGCGCUCGGGGUGGUGCUCCACAUCCCCCUCAGCAUUGUUUUCACGUUUGUCUUCCACCUUGGAGUGCCAGGAGUAGCUAUUGCCGCUUCGAUGACGAAUAUCAAUGUUGUUGUUUUCAUGCUACUGUACGUGAAAUUCUCUGGGGCGUUUAAGAAUACUUGGGGCGGAGUCUCGCCCGCAUGCGUGCGUGAGUGGUGGCCUGUGCUAUCUCUCGCCCUGCCAAGCUGCCUGCAAAUUUGCCUAGAAUGGUGGUGGUAUGAGAUCAUGACCAUCUUAGCUGGGUAUCUUUCGAAUCCACAAGUGGCGGUUGCAGCGACGGCAAUUCUGAUUCAGACCACCGCGCUCAUGUACACUAUUCCCAUGUCACUAGGGUCAGCCGUCUCUACCCGUGUUGGCAACGAGCUUGGAGCCAACCGACCCCAGCAAGCCAGAAAUGCGAGCCUGGUGGCACUGGCGACUGCAUUUCUCGUUGCAAUUGUCAGUGUAAUUUGGACGAGUGUUUUUAAUAACCAAUGGGGCACUCUCUACACCGCUGACACAAGCGUGCUCGCAUUGACAGCCGCUGCCUUGCCCUUAGUCGGCAUCUGUGAGCUCGGAAACUGUCCGCAGACGGCAGGGUGUGGAAUUCUGCGCGGCAGCGCUCGCCCCACUAUUACCGCCAUUAUCAUGUUCAUUUCAUUCUACAUGGUGGGCACCCCCGUUGCUGUAAUUUCCGCUUUUUGGUUGAAGAUUGGAUUCCAAGGGCUUUGGUAUGGGCUUCUUGCAGCGCAAAUCUGCUGCGCAUGUGCCAUUUUGUUCAUCACGUUGCGCAUCAACUGGAUUGAGGAGUGCUCGAGAGCGAAGAAACUCACGGGCUCUGAAAAUUCCGCAGGCGAGAUGAGCAAACUUGUGAGUCACAAGGUUGUCCCAAUUCUGGACGCGGACGAUGACGAGCUCUCACCAUUCAAGCUGGAACUGAACUCUAUUGUCACUAUUGCCGAAGAGAAGGCCGGGCUGCUUGUUGACGGAAACCCUAACGAAAAAUUUUACGCGUUGCAGAUCACGUGACCUUCGCACCUAGUUUGUGAGAACCAACUUUCAGCAUGAACUGCGGAUGGUUCGGCAUAGUGUUGGUGAUCAAUCCCUGUUGUGGCUUGCCCGGUCCAACAAGUUGUACCAUAUUUGUUACUCCACAUCAAUAGAACCGGAGUUCCUCCUUGUCGAGGAAAGCUUGUGGUAGCGGGAAGAUUAGGUGACGGGGGCCGGUGGCACAUUGCCACAAGUUAGAAUCCUUUGAUGGUAGCCCUCUAGAGAUUUCAAAUGAUACUCACACCUCGCUACAAAUUUUUUAAUGAGCAAAUAUACCUUUGGGUGUAUUCAUCUCUGCCGAGUGGUGGCAUGUAAUUGAUCCAUGUUUGUAAUCAAACGAAGGUCACAGGCAGGCGUGGAAUGGGGACAUCAUGAGGAGGCAUAUUACUUUUGACACAUUCCUUUCUCCUUUCCCGAAACAUUCGUUGCGUGCUUGAGUGAAUGUACGACUGAUAUCUCGUGACGCUUCUAAAUAGCAGCACUCAGUAUUCUUCACGUGGUGCUGUUGUCUUUCUGCUUUCAAGGAGUGAAGGAAGAGUUAGCUCCUGCAAGUCCAUCUGGGGAGGUUGUUUCAGAAAUUGCAGUAAAGUGUUCACGAAAAGUGAAACAUGGGCGGUUUGGUUCCUAUGGAAACACCUCACAAGUCUCUGCUUAGUUUUUGUAGUUCAUCAAGUCGUUGAAGAAAGCAUUUGGUCAAGUCAUGAUGAUGAUAAAACUGGCAGAGGGUAUGGAGAUACUCACAUGGAUAUGCUUUAUCAUCCUUGAACAUGGCAAAAUCAAGAAGUUGCAGAAUGUAAGGUUGUUCGAAAUAGAAGAUUCCAAUGUGAUUCUAUGUGCCAA